UGCACCACGACCACGGGGCGGCAAGCCCGCGCGCCCGGGCGCCCGCAAGGCACCGGCGCCACGUGGGAGAGCUGCUGGAGCUGCAGCUGGAGUGAGGCGGCCCACGCAGCUGCCCUCUCUGGCAAAGGAGCACUCCAGUAAGAAAGCCUCCCGUAAUCCCCUCAACAACCCACCUUAACCCACCAAGUCCCUAAACCUAAUUCCUUCAACUUACCCUCCUUAAUCUCCAAAUCCUAAAUCCUAUCCCCUCCCUUCCUACCACCAUGUUGAAAAUCUUACAAGCCAACCUCCAACACGCGAAGGCAUCCAGUGCCGUCGCGUGCAAGGUCCUCCAAGAGGAUGGACUGGACAUGGCUUUGUUACAAGAACCGUGGAUCCAUGGAAACACGGUACUGGGACUGACCGCUGCAGGAUUCUGCACUGAUGACCUAGUAGCGGCACACGUAAUGCUACCCGGCUGUGAGGGCAUGAAGCUCAUUGUUAGCUCGGCCUACCUGCCCGGGGAGCACACAGAUCCGUCGACGGCCCUCGCUCCACUGGUGGAGUAUUGUGAGGACCAGAAUGCCCAGCUUGUGAUAGGGGCCGAUUGCAAUUCCCAUCACACAGCCUGGGGCAGUACGGAUACCAACAAGAGAGGUGAGAUCUUGUUCGACUUCCUCCUGACUAAAAACUUACUAACACUAAAUGAUGGAAACACACCAACUUUCGUUACACGUGCGCGUCAGGAGGUUCUAGAUGUAACAAUCUGCACAGAUCUACUUGAAAGACGUGCUUGCAACUGGCAUGUCUCGAAAGAGGCAUCCAUGUCUGAUCACAGACACAUACGAUUCGACAUUGCUCUCAUAGGGAAGAGCCAAGUGGAGACCUUCAGAAAUCCUAAGGCUACAGACUGGGACGUUUAUCGACACCAAGUUUCGGAAAACCUAGGGAUUAUAAAAGGCUCCGUCAAAUCCAUACAGCAACUCGAAUCUACAGUAGAGGAGCUCGGAAGGUGCAUGUUAGAUGCCUACGAGAACAGUUGCCCUCUAAAAACUAGAUGCUCUAACACUAAGGUCCCCUGGUGGAACUCUAACCUGGAGCAUCUAAGAAAAACAGCUCGGAAAGAAUUCAACAGGGCUAAAAUCACAAAGGAAUGGGAUUUGUAUAGGAAAGCCCUCACUGAAUUUAAUCGCGAGCUCCGGAAGGCGAAAAGGCAAUCUUGGAGGCGCUUCUGUGAGGAGGUAAAAAGCGCCCCUCAUGUUGCGAAAAUCAAAAAGAUUUUGUCUAAAUCGCCUUCCGCAAAUCUGGGACUGCUUAAAAGACCAGAUGGGACCUUUACUGAAUCCCCAGAGGAGACUCUUAGGCUGCUUGCACAGACCCACUUUCCUGGAUCGCUGGAUGAGCACAUUGAUGCACAUACAGGGCAGCAGCCUACCAAAAUCAGGCCAAGUAAUGAGGACUGGAGAAAAGCCUCACAGGUCUUCACUCCUAACCGCGUUAGAUGGGCAAUCAAAAGCUUCAUGCCCUUGUCGCGCUUAGGAAAAAAUGGCUAG